CACACUACCUACCCACGAUGCAGCGCGGUUGCAUACAACAUAGCCAUCUUGUCAAGAGUGACUGAGUGAGGGAGGUAACUGUAUGCGCUGUUUGGAUCCUCAGUUGUUUCAAAGCGUGGAAUUAAAGAACGUUUUCCUCCCUCGAUCGUAAAGUAAGCGUCGCCACCGAAUGACUUUAAGCUGCUGAACUGAGCGGGUACAAAGGACUGCUUUCGGGAAGAUGUCUCGCAUACUUGUUCCGACGUAGGGGGAGUGUGCAGCAGCCAGUUGGCUUGACUUGCUAGCUAGCUCGGUGAGUGGAGGGCUGCGGGCCCUCCUCAGCCUAAAGUAGCUCCUGCAGCUAGGCAACACACUCUGCGACAACGGCCCUUUGACAACUGCACAACCGGGAUAUUAGCAGGCCGGUCGGGACUGCCCGAAAGCUGUGGAUCCACCAUCAUAAAGGCUGCUGGUAUCAGUGUCUACAGCCGCAUUUCUGGACAAGACGAAGUGCGGCGUUGCGUUAUGAGCUCAUGAAACGCAACAGGAGACCGAGAGAGGAAGAAGGAUGGCGUAGAUUCAUCUUGCUUACAGAUUGCUAGGCUCAGUAAAAUAGAUGCAAGUGUGCUGUUUAAUAUGAUCUGAGGUUCUAGAAGCUGUAACCAGGUCGUCCCUUUCUAACGGAGGAUAAACAUAGCCAUACGGGACUUGGAAUCAGGCUGUCAAUAUGUCGAAAAUGCCGGCCAAGAAAAAGAGCUGUUUUCAGAUCACAAGUGUGACUCAGGCACAGGUGGCGGCUAUAGGAGCCACGGACGACACGGAGAGUCUGGACGACCCAGACGAGUCACGGACUGAAGAUGUGUCGUCGGAAAUAUUCGACAUGUCACGGGCUGAAUACGAUCCCGCGUGUGACAGAAGUUCAUCUGAAGAAGCCCUGAAUAAUGUUGGCGAGCCGGAGGCGAGCAGUGUUAUGGCACCAUCACACAUACCUCAACCCAGUCAGUUGUCUUCACUGUCAGGCAAUGCGAUUGGGGAGUUUCGAAAGGUUGGGGUGUUGGGCUCAAGUCAAGGUAGUCAGCAGCCGUCAGGGAUUGGCGCUACAUCUGGUUUAACUUUUAUCACCCAGCCUGGGGGAAUGUCUGCUCCAACAGCCAGCACUGUGCCAGCCAGUGCUGUGCCAGCCAGUGUGUCAGUGAACACAUCCCAACCUGCUGCAGUGACCAGUUCUGCUCCUCCCCUUGCCACCUCCACGGUGAGUUGCACUUCACGCUUCAGGGUCAUUAAACUCGAUCAUGGUACUGGAGAACCUUUUCGAAGAGGCAGGUGGACGUGUACAGAGUUUUAUGAGAAAGACUCUGAGGGCUCUGCUGUUAGUAGGACUGUAGAUAGCAUAAGGCAUGUCAGUGCGACACUGGACCCUGCUGGAGACAGAGACAGUGGGCUCGGGCUCACGGGAGGAUCCAUGGUUGCCCCGUCAACGCAUUCAGGUCAGGGCUUGGGCUCUGUGGCGGAUGCUUCUCUCUCGUCAUCCCGCAUACUUUCAGUGGAGACUGCACCACAGAAGCAGCAACAAAUCCACCAUCAAAACUAUGGUGCCCGGUCACAGGGUGUGAGUGGAUCAACUACACAGAGUGGUUUCUCUAGUGCCAAGCCUUCAGCUGUUCCAGCACAGCCAACAGUGGGAGGUCUCCAGCCUUCUGCUCCCCAGAGCACGCUGCCUGUCGGACAAAACGGCCUGCCUCAAUCUGGUGUCCACAUACAGAAGUCUCCCAUUAUGCCUCCUUCAGCCCAGCCCAUUGCAUACCCUCUCCAGCAGCAGCAGCUUCCUAUGGGUCACCACCUAACCAGUCAGUCGGAGUAUUAUCAGCAGCAACAGACAGCUUCCAUACAGCCAGGGCUUGCCACUGGCCAGUCCCUUCCAGUGUCCAGCCUGUCUGCAGGGCAACAGCCCGUGGGACAAGGAACUGCUUCAGCCUUGCCGCCGGUCUCUGGAGGUGCUUCUGUGUCAAGUCAUGUUGGAGAUGUUGCAGGAGUGGGAGAGGGAUCUGUACCUGCUGGGGUGCCAGCAGUUGGCCUCUUGCAGCAGCAAACUGGAGGAUUGGGAGGUGUUGGAAGUUCCAUACUGGCUGGUACAUCCACUUUGCAGCAGCAGAGUGUGAGUCAGUAUGGACCUGCUGGACAACCUCAGCCCCACAGCCUGCACCCUACAUCCUCCGGUGUACAAAAUGUGCCUGCCAUCGCAGUGAGCUCCAGUGUUCCUGCCACUGUGCCCACUGCUGUGCCCAGUGCCUCCAGUGCAGCCAUGCCAAAUGUGACAACCUCCAGUAUGCCUCCAGGUCAGCAACCCCAUAGCAAGAUUCCAGUGGCUUUGGGGACGCAGAACCUCCCAGCAGCUGGAUUUGGACACGUGGAGGGUGGUGGUGGAGGGAAAUUGGAGGGCCUCGUCAAUGCACAGUCUCCUAUUGUCUCUGGGAAGGAAACAGUGAAGCCCCUCAUGCCUGAGAGCCUGCAGCUCGCCACGCCGACUGUCAACAGCCUGUUUGGAAUCCACAUACCCGUCGAUGGGGAUGUGGACAGGAACCCCUCCAAGGCUUUCUACCAGGCCUUCCAGUCUGGCAGCAGAUUAAGGGACUCAAAGGCCCACAGUGAUAGGGCCUCGGGAACCAACGUUGCUGCCAUUGAUAAUAAAAUUGAACAGGCAAUGGACCUGGUGAAAAGCCAUCUGAUGUAUGCAGUGCGCGAAGAGGUGGAGGUCUUAAAGGAGCAGAUCAAGGAGCUGUACGAGAGGAACUCUGUGCUGGAGAGGGAGAACGCCGUGCUGAAAUCCCUGGCCAACAGCGAGCAGCUAUCUCAGCUGUCUGCCCAGUCGGCCACCGGCUCCAGCACCACGCCCUCCCAGCAGGGACUCAGCCAGCCUCAGCAACAGGCCCAGCCUCCGCUUCAAGUCCAGCCUCAGCCUCCGCCUCAGCCUCAGCAGCAGUCACACCCCCAGCUCCAGACUCAGCCCCAGCUCGAUCCUGGCCAACAACCACAACUGCAACCCAACGUCACCUCUGCUUGAAAUGCAUCUGUCCUGCUUGGCAUGGGGCAGAGAAUAAAAGAGCAUCUUCUCUACAAAUUAUUACAAUUAGUGUAUGUGAAAUUAAAAAGAAGAAAAAAAAAACUUUGUCUUCUUAGCCACCAGCUUGACCACAGAGUACAGUGCUUGUGUGUGAGUGUGUGUAUCAGAGUGAGUUAGUAAGGGUGACUGUGAUAUGUAAGUGUGUGUGUGCGUGCAUCUGUACUGUGGGCCUUUCCAGUGUUAAUGCAAUCAUCAAGAGAGAGACAGAGAGAAAGUGUGUGCAGAGACCGAGUGUCAGGGAAGGUCAGAGUGGUUUGUGGGGGUUUUUUCCAUCUUGGCUAUGUUCCCGGAUGGGUUGACUGCUGGGUCCAAGCUUGUGGACAAGAUAUCUUUUCUUGGACCGGGCUUGAGCCAGACAGGCCUGCGACCUAACCUGAAACCGGCUCAAGCCGUGGCUGUGGAAAGGGAGGGGCAUCGCCUCACAUAAGGGACAAACGGGAGCGACUGUCAAAAAGAGAGCGAUUAUUUUUUUAAAAGAGAGAUAACUGAGUGGGUAACGGGGUAUUUUUAGCCUUGCUGUUUCAUGUUGUAAAGUAGUAAGUGGGAGAGAGUCUGGUUUUCGGAGCGCCACACCGCUGCCGUUACUUUUACAUCAACUUCAACCCUUGCAUCCGUCUUUUGAGUUCUACUGUUAAGUGUUUUAUUUAUUACAGGGCUGCUAUUUUCAUAAAUGAACAAUUUCAUGAAAUCUGUUUAACAAUAGCCCAGUUUUUUUUUCUCAGUGUUUCAACAGAUUGGCCAUACUUGCCAGGGCAAUGCUUUUUAUUUAAUUGUUAAAAUGUAGGCAAAUAAAAAAACAAAACAAAAUUCUGACAAAUGUUUAACACUAACUCUAAAUUUACUCUGCAAUUGCCAAUUGAUAGCUCAAGUCAAGAUCCAGUAUGAAUGUACAUUCUUGUAUAAAGUAUUAAGAGCCUUGAUGGGUGACUUCAUCCGUGGACAUCAAAUCUUAACGUGAACCUGCAGAAGGCAUUUCAUGAAGAUUCAGUUGGUAAUUUUCUCUAAAAAAAAUGAAUUAGUGUUGCCAUAACCCCCACCCCCUCCUUCAUGUUGUUUUCCCAUGGUUUUUCCUGAGGGUGGCCAGGGGGGAAAGCUGUGAAAUCAUUCAACCUACUUUGUAACCAAAGAUGCAAAAGCUGUGUAAAUUGAUUAUUUUUAAAUGCACACUCAUGUAUUUUCCUUUUUUUUUUGUUACUUGCUCCUUCACAAAAUAUUUUGUUGCUGUUCAGCAUGUUCUGCAUGAUCUGUAAUCUUCAAACCACUUUCUUACCUCAUUUUUAUUCAGCACUCGUAUUGUAAGAUAGUCUGUGAACAGUGUAAAUGGGGAAAUAUGACGCAGAGCAGAGGCUGAGAGAAAAAUAACCUAGUGUUACUGACACUAGUCACAGAAAAAUGAAGUGAGCCAUGUUUUGUUCAUUUAAAUUGGUGUUUGAAUUUCAUAUGCCAAUAGUUUUGUUACAUUGCAAAUUUUAAUGUAUUUAAAUAAAAGCAAUAUUCAGAUUCC